AUGGUAACUGUUGAUAAAGAGAAGAAUAAGAAGUUUUUCAAAGGUAAUAGUGGCAACUCCCACAAGAUGAAGAAAUCUGGGAGGCCUCCUCAGCAAGCUAGUGUGAGUGUUCCAAAUGAGCCUAAGAAUGAAGGUUUUAUGAGAAGGUGCAACUUCUAUCAUUUGUUUGGGCACAAGAAGGUUGAUUGUAGGAAAUUUAAGGCUUGGUUAGACAAGAAAGGUACAUGUUCAUUACUAGUGUGUUUUGAGUUUAAUCUAGUCGAUGUGCCUUUUGAUACUUGGUGGCUAGAUACUGAUGCAACCAUUUAUACUACAAAUUCUUUGCAGGAAUUAAGGAACCACAGAAGACCAAUUGAUACAGAGUUAGUAGUAGAUAUAUGCAAUGGGGUGAAUGUUAAAGUUGAACAUAUUGGUACAGUUAGACUUAUUUUGGCUUCUAAGCAUGUUUUGAACUUGUCUGAUACUGCUUUUCUACCUUCCAUCAGAAUAAAUCUUAUCUCUAUUUCUAUUUUGAACAAAUGUGGAUAUGUCUUUCAUUUUGGAAAUGAAAGGGCUACAAUCUUUUAUGACUCAGUUAUGGUUGUUACUGCUACUUUAUAUGAUGGUUUGUAUAAAAUUGACUUAUUUCUUGCUUUAGAUCUUACUUCUUCUAAUGUCUCUAUUAUGAAUGUUGUAGUUGGUUCUAAACGUACUAGAUCCAAUGAAAACUCUUCCAUGUUAUGGCACAAAAGAUACUUCAUUAUCUUUAUUAAUGAUUAUUCUCGCUAUGGUUAUAUUGAGUUCAUUCGAGAAAAAUCAGACUCAUUGGAAGCUUUUAAGGCUGUUGUGGAACUCCUGAAAAAUAAGAAAAUCAAAGCGGUAAGAUCAAAUAGAGGAUGUGAGUUUUAUGGAAGAUAUGAUGAAACUGGUAGAAAUCCUGGAUCUUUUGCUAGAUUUCUCGAGGCAUGCGGUAUCGAUGCUCAAUACACAAUGCCUAGAACUCCUGAACAUAAUGGUAUUGUAGAAAUAAGAAAUCGUACUCUUAUGGAUAUGGUACGGUGUAUGCUUAGUCAUCCCACUUUGCAUGAAUUUGUGUGGGGUGAGACUUUUAAAACUGCUGCAUAUAUUUUGAAUCAAGUACCAAGUAAAUCGGUUCCUAAAACUCUUUAUGAGUUAUGGUCAGGUAAGAGGCCUAAUUUGCAUUAUUUCCGAGUUUGGGACCAUAAAGUGGAAAUAAGACCUUAUAAUCCUCAGCAAAAGAAACUUGAUCCUAAGACCAUUAUUGGUUAUAUUGUUCAUUUGCAAGAGCAUGAGUUUAAUAUUGGUAUGUCUCUUGAUCCAACCUCUUUUAAGGAAGACAUUGAUAGUCCUCAAUCUUCAUGUUGGAUGGAUGUUAUGUAUGAUGAGAUGGUAUCGAUGUGUCAAAACGGUGUAUGA